GAUAAUAAAUGAGUAGUAUUAAAGUUGUAUAAGACUGUGGAAAGAAUUAGUAGUGGGAAAAUCAUCAUGUAAGAAGUUCACGUUCAAAGUAUGUAUAAAUUCAAAAACGUUACGGCAAUAAUAAAACUAAUUUAUGACCCACCCAACUAUUCAGUUUCUUUAGCCAAAACGGAUAACACCUGGCUAAUUAAGCUCUCUGUCUCCCUUUGUGUGAGUGUGUGUAUAUAUAAGUGAUGUGAGUGUAUAUAUAUUUACACAUAAGAGAACUGGGUCGUCUUCUUUGCGUGUGUUAAUCAUGAAUCCACCCAAACAAACCUUAAAAAAUAUAACACAAAGCUGGGUCAGUGGAGUCAAUAUGUCCAUCACCAAGACCACGCUUGUGUUACUUGUCCUUUCGAUUCUCUUAUUACAUGAUCAGUUGGAGAUGCAUGGAGUGGAUGCAGGAAAAACAGGAGGUGUAAUGGUUGGAGGGGCGGAUGAAACUCCGCCGCCGGCUAAAGGUGAAAAGAUAGACUGUAAGUCAAAGUGCGAGUACAGGUGCAGCGAGGCGUCGAGACAGAAUGUGUGCUUACGGGCAUGCAAUACGUGCUGCGAGAGGUGCAACUGCGUCCCUCCCGGCACUUCUGGCAACAGAGAUGUUUGUCCUUGCUACGCCAAUAUGACUACGCAUGGGGGCCGUCUCAAGUGCCCUUAGAUUUUAUAUUAUCCUAUUUUAUUUUCUCCUUUAUAAUUAUAAUCACAAUAAUUGAAAGUAAGUCUGGAAAGUGGAUUAUUAUAUCUACUACUUGAAUGAUUGAUUGUAUGGCAAAAUUCUCUAUUUUAAUUUUUCUAAUGAAAC